CCUGCGGCACCAGGGAAACGGAGAGCUGCGGCUGAGGAAGCACACGCGCUUUACUCGCCACCGUUCGGCUGUACUUUAGCGGCCGUUUCUACAGCUCGCACAGAUUCAUCGAGGACAUAUCUGCGGAACCAUCCAUGGCAGCACAAGAUGAUAAAGGCGCUUUUGUUGACAACUCAAACAAGCCCCCAGUUUAUGCCAUCAGUCUGCAGCCCCAUAGAAAUGAUGUGUUUCCUGCUCCUUUGCCCUCUGCGGUUCCCAUGCCGCCAGGUUAUGUCCCCACUCAAGUGCCUGUGAUGAUGCCUGUCCCUCAGAGACCCCCUGGCUGUCCCCCGGGACUAGAGUACCUGACACAGAUUGACCAGCUGGUUGUUAAUCAGAAAGUGGAGCUCACUGAAGUUAUUCUCGGAUGGGAGACGAACAACAAGUACAUGAUCAAGAACAGCGUGGGGCAGCAGGUGUUCUACGCGGCCGAGGAGAACGACUGCUGCAACCGCCAGUGCUGUGGGCCUCUGCGGUCCUUCGUCCUGCAUGUCCAGGACAACUUUGGGCAGGAGGUCAUCACCAUCACACGCCCGCUAAGAUGUGGAAGCUGCUGCUGCCCCUGCUGCCUGCAGGAGCUUGAAGUCCAGUCUCCACCUGGCAACCCAGUUGGAUAUGUCAUUCAAGACUGGCACCCCUACCUUCCAAAGUUCACCAUUCAGAAUGAGAGGAAAGAGCCGGUUCUGAAGAUCGUGGGGCCGUUCUGCUCCUGUAGAUGCUGUGCAGAUGUGAACUUUGAGGUCAAGUCCCUGGAUGAGACUAUCAUGGUUGGCAGGAUCACGAAACAAUGGACUGGUUUUCUGCGAGAGGCAUACACUGAUGCAGACAACUUUGGGAUCGAGUUUCCCAUGGAUCUUGAUGUCAAAAUGAAGGCUGUCAUGCUUGGGGCCUGCUUCCUCAUCGAUUUCAUGUUCUUUGAGCACAACAAGUAAGACUCCAUUUGAAGACAAUCAUGUUUUCAUAUUUUGAGAAUGACAACUACAUCCCUGUAUUAUGCUGGAGGCUUUUAAGAUUCAGGUCCUCCUGGCAUCGUAUCUCUCACUUUAAAAAUGUUUCUGUCAUGCUAUAAUCACUUUAUUACCACAAAUUCAUUUGAUUGUCACAGCUACUUGUGAAUGACAUGAGAUAUUCAUUUAUUUCUCUGUAAGGACUUUCUGUAUAGUUCACCUUUUAUACUUUAUGGAAAAAAAAUG